AUGAGGUGGUGGAACUGGAGCGUGCCGCCGAGCAGGAGCCUUCGAGCGCCGCUCAAGCGAGCCUCGCAGAUGAAGUACGGUGUCAAGGUGCUCCAACGUGCGAAGAAGAGCGGAGUAGCAGAGGAUCAGGAUCUUUGGCUGAAACAACUGGACGCGCUGCUGGCGCUCGAGCUGCCGGAGCAGCAGAACGACGGCGUGGCUGUGCGAUCGAUGGUCACGGGUGCCGCGGCACUGGAGCAGUUCCAGGAGAUGAAGCAGAUGGCGCCACAGCUCAGGAGCCUCCGCCCCUCAGCCGCGCUCUACAGCUGCGGCGCCGUCGGCGUGGCGCUGCGGCUGCGGCGCUCGGACGCGACGGAGGUGGAACCGUGGCUUCUUUUGGUCGAGCACGUCUCCACAUCCUAUGUCGAUACUGCGAGUGCUGCGUUGUACCUGGAUGCAAACCAGAUCCUCCACGAUGAUGCGGGGGAGGUGGCUCCGGAUGUGGCGGUCUUGGCAAUGGAGCCCGCGGACUUCUACAAAUGGUUUAGGACCUCGGAGAUGUACAAAAGUUAUUUGGCCAUGGUGUUCACGCGCAAUCCUUUGGGCCAAGUACCAGGUCAGGCCUACGCCUUGCCCGUGAUCCUUUGGGUGAAGACCGCGGAGCUGUUGAUCUCCCGCGCGCCGAAGAGCUCGAGCCAACGCGACCCAAGCGACGCGAUCCCCAGCGAGGAGGCCCAGUGGUUCCGCGCCAUGCUGCGGAUCCACCUGACAGCCGCUGAGACGGUGCGACAGAUGACCCAGAGCCGAGGUGCCACCAGUGAGCUGGCUGAGGCGCUGGCUGGGCCAGAUCCCAGCGCUGCCUUGACCGAAGCAGAAGGAGGUCCGCAGUCCGUGUGUUUAGCCUUAGCUGCUUGUUGCUUCGCACCGUCGGCGCUGCGCAACUUCUGGGGCCAGCGGGGGCUGGAGUUGGCGAGGUCCAGGAGCUUGCAGCGUGCCCACUCCAAGACGUUGCAACGUGGCGAGGAGGACGACCGUGCUGGUUGGCCCAAGAGGCUCCGACGCUUAGCGUUGGCCAUGAUGGCCGAGGCUGUGUCAAGGGCCUGCCGCCGGCUGGUACGAUCUGUUUGUCUGAGCUCGAACGAGGCGGAAGGCGAGGUCUUGAAGAAGUUGCUUUGGAACGCUUUGGGUUUGGAUCAGAGCUCGGUGGCUCCGGUGAGCGCCCUGGGCGAGCCGGACGACCCCAAGCUGGCCAAGCCGGAGGGGCAUUCCGAUGAGUGUGAUGUGGUCAUUGCCCAGCGGAAAUCGGCGCUGUUGUUCGCACCACAGGGAAAGUAUUUUCAGGUGGCGCUGACCAACUGCACCCCGCAGGGCGUGGUUGGCACCUUGAUGCUCCACAUGGCCAUGCUGCAAGGGACGUUGGACCCUUCGAGCGAUCAGGCGGUGGAGCUCUUGAUGAAACAGCUGUGGACGCGCGAGAUCUCUAUGAAGGCCUUUGUCGAGGCCGUUCUGCCGGGAGAAGUCUCACCGGGCUCGGUGCAAGCGGCGCUCUAUGUGCAGGGAUUGCGCUACCACAGCGCCAAGCAGCGGCGCGGGGGACUCGCGCCCCUGAGCGCGCCGGAGCAGAUCCUGCAUACUCUGGCGCGGGAGCAGCGACAUUUGGCCUACUUGGAGCAGCUGCGAGCCAAGCUGGCGAGCCAAAGUAGCGGCGCCCGCAAAGCAGCACGGUCUGCCAAGAGGCAAGUGGAGCUCUCCACCUUCGCGCCCGCACAUGCCGGGCUCCCGCGGCGCUUCACGCCCAAGGAGAUCUCGGAUUUGAACGUUUGCAGGGAAGCCUCCGAUCAACUGGAACUUCUUCCCAAUGGCUUGUUGUGCCAUCAUUGCUGCUUUCCAUCCUGCCCGCGGUAUUUGUGUGACCUACGCACUGAGAAGGACAAGCUCGCCCAGGCUUCUGAAGCUGUGGGUCGCAAUGCUGUGCUGGCUUCCCGGCGGAACGGGCUCUUCCGACAUUUGGCACCGAUGAUGUACCCAGAGGCUCAGGGUGAGGACGUUUACAUCCCCCAGCUGCAUGCGGGCAUCCAGUAUGCCCUGCAGAGAGGCGGUGGCAAGGAGGGCUUCAAGAAGAAUCUCAGGGACUUGUUAAAGAAGCGCUUGCGUCCACCCGCCACCGAGGUACUGCACAGCCAAUGGCUCGAGGAAGCGCUGGACCGCUGCUUCGACGAAGCGCCGCGUUAA